ACCACCAAUGUCAUUCAGAAGAGGGAACAAGGGGUUAGUCCCCUUCGCUUCUCAGCUCUCUCCAGAAGUGCUUACCCUGGCUUCUGCUGUGAAUUAUUGCCGCAGACACCUGAGCCACAUCAAAUUUCCCUUUUAGAAAGACCAGCUGCGACCACCAUAUCGUACUGUUAAUGGAAACCCAGCCUCUGGAUGUCAGAUCUGUAGGGACUGGCUCCCUGGCCCGUAUCUGUGGCUUCCACCAAAUGCGUCUUUUGAACCGUUUUAUGCUCAACAAUAACUACAGUUACACCGUGGACGAGCCUUAUUUCCAAAGGCACCUUUUUGGCGAACAGAGACAACAUGAGUAAUGACCAAGUCCUUUGUAGCAGGUUUUGCCAGCAGGCCAAAAAUCAUUUUUGUAACAUAAAAAUAUAGUUCCUGCUAAUUUUUUAACUAGUGCAAAUAAACAGUAAAUGCGUCAAGAGCUUUUUGGGUUUUAAUGCAUGCACUGAGAUUACUGAAGUAGAACUUAUUUCUGUGAUGAACUGCAUGCAGCAGCAAUCCCAGUAUUGACAAGUAGAAGUGAUUAGUGCAGUAAUAAGUUGCCUGCAAUGCACCACUGUGUGUGUGUGUGUGCGUGCGUGCGUGUGUGUGUAAUCCUUUCCUUUCCUGGAUGAGGUACGUCAUCUAUAGGAAAUAAACUACCUGAAUUAUUCUGUGGAUUUGAGAUACUUGCAGCUGACUGCAAAAGCUCUGAAUUACGACUUGCAAGACCCAUCUGCCUGCAUCAGAACUGAGUCUAAAAACAUUCCGAUUUUGGUGAGAACUGGGAGAAUCAGGAUGUAGGUGUGCACCAGCAUGAGGGUGCAUCAGUAGUACACGGAUACUGUCUAUGUAUGCACAGAGAGAGAUCUAUAGCUCUCAAAUUAUUCAGGAGGGGAGAAUAAUUAUAUAAAAAUUACCUGGUUGUCACAGAAGCAAAGACAGAAUAGCUUAAAUUGUCGUAAGAGCAUUUGAGAUGCAUUCAUAGCCUCCUAAAAUUUUCUUUUCGGUGGUAUUCAGCUGAGGAUUUAUUGGCAGCCAGGCUUGCCGUAGCCCACGCAGGCACUUGCAGGGGUUCAGAAGGGCUGUUCCCCAGUUGCUGCCCCAGACCCUGUGCCUGGCUGAAGCUACCUCUUCACCGGCAGCACCUCAGCCAAGCCUUCCCUUGGAACAGGUUGCCAGAGCUGAUGCUGCCAAGUCUGCUGUCAGUUCCUACAUUUCAUCUUCCCUGCUACACUGCUUUCCUGCGAGUGUUGUGUGUUCCACCUUCAUUUUAUGCUUAUGAAAGAUGGGAUAAGUGCAAAUUUAUGCUAAGAUUAGCCUCCUUUUAGUUUAGCAUGAGAUCAUAGACAUGUGCUUGAGAGAGAUGGUUCAAGAGGUUGCUAGUCCACCUCCUGCGGUAAGGCAAAGCAGUGGCUCAGGCAUGCAGCUGUUGAAGGGUUUGCUGUGCACCGGGGGAUUAGAAGCAAGCAUUAGGGCCAAAAAAUAGCCCCAAACAUCUCUGUAGGUUAGUGGGGAAGCUUUUCUAACCUACGCUUUAAACCUAACAGGCUCUGAGCUCUCCAGUAUCCCCACUCCAGGUCUUGCAGGACAGAUUCAUGAACAGAUAAAAGAUGGAAGUGUCGGCCACGCUUCGCAGCAAACCUCAGGUAACCUGCGAGGGGAAGUGAAGCAGAAAGCGAAGCUGAGACAAAGCAGCGUCUGACCUUGUCGCUGGGGGGCAGAAAACAGCCACUGGCUGCCGCUGGUUUUACUGGUGCUUCAAUCAAGCUCCCGGCGCGCUGCAGACGGCUCAGGAAGUGCAAGUUCUUUCCAGGUCCGUGGGGUGAAUAAAAAUUGUUAACUCUUGGCUUGAUUUGUCAUCCUUUGGGGCAAAAAAAAGUAAUGUCAGACUGGCAGUUAAAUAGUCGUGCUGUUAGACUGAGCACAACUUGAAGUGAGCUGUCCUGGAGGUGAGAGCGACACCGGCCAGCAAAGCCAAGGAGAGCCUGUUCAACCUCACGUGCACCCGUGGUUCCUUGGAGAGGCGAUAAAGUGUGUAAUAAGACAAAGUGGGAGUUAUAAAGUGGACGCGAUAGCUUCAGCAGAACUUCGCUGCCACAUCCACUCGUUAAAAAGGAGCUAAUGUUAUUUUGAAAACGAGGAAAAAAUGCGCUUUGAGUAUCUCUGCAGUUCUUGUAUCUGAUACAUUAAUUGAGAAAAUCGGUAAUACAGCAAACAACGGAGAGGAGCAAAUAUGGCGAAGGCAGCUAAGGAAAUUCAAAUGGAGGCCCCAAAAGAGGUAGAGACUCACAGCACAGGGGCGACGUACUCCCCGUCGGAGGAACAGGCAGAAAAGCCAUCCAUGCUCUGUUUUAAGAAGCAGAAGAAGUCCUGUAAGAAGGGGCUGGCUACGAAGGAUGCAUGCGAAGGAGCCUCUGAGGAGAAAAGCCAAUGCAUCAGCGCUGACCAAGGGGUGGCGAAAGCUUCUAAUCAAUCGCGAUCCUCCAGAGGAGCCUGGGCAGCCAUCAAAAACCUCACGAGACCUCGGAGAAGGCAGAAAUCCUCCUCGCGGAAGAAGGUACGCUCUGAUUCCCAAGUGCAGCUGGAGAUGGAUGCUGAGGAGGGCGGCGCGCAAGGCUUCCCAAAAAAACGGGCGAGCUCCGGGGUGAAGAUGCCCUGCGUGCGCUUCUCCAGAGGCAAGAAAAAGCCCAGCCCCUCUGAAGCAGUGGAGGAGUCAGUGGGCAGUGUUCAAGCAAAUGACAUGGUGGGCGCUCUGAAUAAAGCCAGUGAAGAGCUGGAUGAUUUGGCCCCAACAGAUAAGUCUGAAUCUUUCAGCCCGGUGUCUGCAGAGGAGGACCAGGACACGGCAAAGGAAAGCACCGACUCUGUAGGUAAGAGCGAGCCCUUGACAGAGCCCACACCUGAUGCAGAGGAGUAUUCGGAGUGCACCGCGCAGUCGGAGAUAACCGAUUCAGAGACAGUUAAUGAAACAGCCCAGGAAAAAACGCAGGAGGGGAGCCUGCCCCAACCCACAGUGCCCAUGGAAGGCAGGGAAGUUGCUCCUGAAGCUCCCGUUUCCAAGGAUCAACCCAACAGCACCCCUGAACCCACCGAGCUGCAGGAAAUCCCUAAUAUCUGCAAAGAGCUGCCUGAAGGCGAUGAAUCAGGAAAGAGCAUAAAUCUUCCUGAGGAGUGUAAAGCUGAAGAGACUGUAAUGGAUUUCAGUCAGUCGGUGUUUAAAGAUGAUGCAGCGAGCGUGCAAGGCUGCUCCAGCCAUCAGGUGACAUUAGAAGCAAACACGGUCGCCAGCGUCGGCAUCGUCAUCACUGUCACUGAAGCUGAGGACUCUGAGGACACCGACUCUGACCAGGCCUAUGAGCCGUCCCCAGUUUUGCACCAAAAUAAGCAAAAAGGGAAUAAAAAAUCAAGCGGGAGCUUUGAUUUUAGUACAAAAGAGGGCCCCGAGGCUGGUGGCGGUCCCCAGUCAGACGAGAAAAGUCCGGGCGACCAGGGGCACAGAACUGGGGAGCAGUACGAAUUGCUCCUCAUAGAAACUGCAUCUUCCCUCGUGAAGGCAGCCAUUCAGUCAUCCAUAGAGCAGCUGGUCAACGAAAUGGCCCUGGAACAGAAUAAACACAACAGUUUUCUGUGAUGGCAGCGAUGCUCCUAAAAUAAAGAGUACAGGGAGUGGUUUAAAGCUCCAUUUGGCCUGGCGGGGGCAGAGCUUGAAGGGCUCCCGGGGCCGAGGUGUAGUUAAUUCUGCAUGCCUGUUCAGCUGUGUGUCUAUGUGAAACGGAUUCUGGGACGUGGGGCAGGCCCUGCUACGUACAGCAUGUCCCCUGGGGCUGGGGCCUCAGACAGCGCCAUCAACCGCAGCAGCGGGAAAAUGAAGUGUCGCAGUGACUCUGUUUUUGUUUAUUGGCAUCUUUAUGUUGAGGCCGUGUUUCUGCCGUCAUCUAUGCCAGGUUUCCCCGCUGUUCGUGCUGUAGCUCUGUGUGCACUGCGCAUUUAGUGAAAGGUCGCGAGAGGCGGCGAGCGCCCGGCCCGCUGCUGGGCUGGGUUCGGGGCACCUUGGACGUGGCUGGAGGUUUGUCCUGGGGUUCGGCGGAGACGAGGGAGGGUGAAGUGACUGCAAUCUUAACAAGAAGACGUCAAUGCCAGACAGGCUCAGGCCAGUGUUUAGUAUUGCAAACAGGUACUCACUACGUACAGAUGCCAGAAACCGCGGUCACCCUGCUGUCGCGUCGCGUGAAGCCGGAUGGUUGCAGCGAGCGGUGUUUUCCAUUUGGACUCUUCCCCCGUCACAAGCAGCCUGUGCAUUUCCAGACACGUUAAAGCACAGCAUCAGCCGCUCGCCUUGCUGACCCCAGCCUGCGCAAAUGCCAAGAAAGCGACAGCGCUUCGUUUGCUGGGGGGCCUGUUCUCGCACCAUUAAGCUCAACCGGCAAAAUUCCCAGCGGCAUCUGCGGCGCAGGCUGGGCGGGAGCGUGCCUGCUGCGGGCAGCCCCUCUCCUUCCUUCACCUUCCUCCGCCCCAGCCACAAUGUCAUGGUGAAGCUGUCCUCAGAUAUAGCAUAUUUUAGAUAUAUGGCAUGUGAUAUAAAUAGCAGUGAGCUGCAUGCGUGUUAGCAGGCAACUAUUGCCUUGGUGUUGACAUAGUUUGGGUAGCUGCAAUGUGCUGCCAGCUCUGGAAUUGCUUUGGCUGGGGAGGAGAUUUGGUGCAGCAGCAGCCAGUCCCGCACAGCUCCCCCCUUGCUGCAAAGCCUGCCUGACUUCAGCGAGCCUGGGCUUCCCCUGGGAAACGUGCAUUACGCCCGGCUCGCUGCUGCCAGGCUCCGGCUGGCUCUGGCACGCCACGUAGCUUGCUCAAAACAUGCAGGGAAAUGCUGGAGUGAUCUUACCGAAGUCCUCAGGAAACAAACCUAGACACGAGGGCCUGGGGACACUGCCGUAAAAUGCCUGGACAGGCCAAUCGCCAUCAAAACCCACAAACUGCCCUGCCCCGAGGGGGUUUGCACCAGCGUGGUGUGUCUGUGCGAGCAUCACCUCUAACUACCAGCUCUCCAAGAGAAAGGCGCCUUUUAAUAAUUUGGGAUUGCAUCUGCACGGCUGGGAUUUACGUACAGCUGCGGGCAAGUCAGCGGGUUGUUCUGAGAAAAGUCUCCUGCGUAUUUCUCAGCCGAUACAGAAAUAGCAGCCUCUCUUGGCAAUUGCUCACUGACCAUAGGCAGUAUGCUGAGAUUCCCCUGCCCAGCAUAGGAUUUGGAUUCCUGUUAAAAUACAAGGGCUGUAAACUUUCCUAGGACCGGGUGCACAACCACAUUUUAAACUUCGAUAAAGCAUCUCCGUUGUUGCAAGAGGACUGUGAGCAGUGAGUGCCACAACUUGGUUCUGUGCAAGUAAAUCUUAAGAAAAGUCAGAGGAUGUUAAAAAAAAAGAAGCAUCUUCUUUUUCUGUGAAUUUAUUUAAUAAGUUAUCAGAUACCAGUAAUUCAGUGUGUACAAUUUUAAUGGCUUUGUACUUCAUACUGGUCCUUCCAGAUAUUUUGCCGUCGGUUUGAAAGGGACUUUUUAAGGACUUUUAUAUGUACCUUUGGAGCUGCUGCAGCACCCUGAGAAGAGCUGUACAGGUGCUGGAGGUUGCGUGUGGGAUUACACCGGGCACCGUGGCAGGCCGGUGCCGAGCAAAGGGCCGCAGCAUCUCUGUGGGGCCCGCUGGUGUUGGCUGCAGAGGAGGAUGACUUGGCCGUAGUGAAGAAACACAAAAUGACCCCCCAGGGCCAGGCUGUCAUCUCCUGUCAGCCCGCUAAGCAGUUUGGGGAGGAUUCAGUCUAUUUCAGUAUUGACUUUUAGGUGAAACACAUCUUCAAAAGAGGAGGAGACUGGCAGAAGUGCUUUGGUCCAGCCUAGACCCUGCGACUGUUGCUCCAUGUCCAGGGUUGUGUUUGCAUCCUUUCUGUAGCUGGUUUUUCCCCUUGGUUACAGCUGUACAUAUAACUGAUUAUUAUUUCAUUAAAGUUGAACGUACCUGUUG